AUAAACUAAAGGGAUAGCUUUACUUAUUCACCACCACUUGAAUACUAUUAUUUUUCUCAUACGCCAACAAACAUAGAGACGUACAAAGAUCAUUUGUACCAGCUACACCGAAACGAACACAAAACUAGUUUCCCAAAAAAAAAACCGCUCAGAUUUUCCAGUUAGUCAUAUUUUGAGGAUCGGAAUAUUAAGGACGGAAUUUUUCAAAAACUCCAUGAAAUAAAAAAAUACCUGUCAAUUACAUCUACUUCAUUUUUCCUUCAGAAACUUAUUCCUGAAACUCAUAAUCAUACAUAAUGUCAGUGUCCGUAUCCCCGACUUUAAAGGUGACGCCCACGUCAAAACUCAUCACAGUAGCUGCCGGAUGUUUCUGGGGAGUAGAAAGGGUGUUUCAAAGAAAUUUCAAAAACAAGGGAAUUGUUGAUCUCAAAUGUGGUUAUGCCAAUGGGAUCCCAACCUUGGGUAACGUGAACUACGAGAUGGUUUGCACUGGUUCUACAGCAUUUAUUGAAGGAGUACAGAUUUCGUAUGAGCCUUCAGAAGUUUCAGUGCUGGAACUUUUAGACUAUUUUUUCCGUAUCCACGAUCCAACCACGCUUGAUGCCCAAGGACCUGAUGUGGGACAACAAUAUAGAUCUGCGAUCAUGACCCACACAGACGAUCAACAUGACGAGGCUUGGAAGUCAAAGGAAGAUGCCCAACGGGAUUGGUAUCCAAACCAUAAGAUUGUGACGAUCAUCGAGCCAAUCAAGAUUUGGUAUGAUGCUGAGUUAUAUCACCAACAAUAUUUGGAUAAGAAUCCUGGUGGAUAUGAAUGUCCAACCCAUUUUUUGAGAAAGACUCCAAAAAUAUGAUAGAGGGUUUUAAAAUAGGAG